CCCUCGGCGGCCCCGGUGCCUCGGUCCUCGGCCCCUGCCGCUCGCCCCCAGUCCCCGGCGCUCCGCCCCCGGCUCCGGGCCCCCUCGGCGCCCCCCACGCCCUCGCGCCGGCCGGCCGGGCGCGGUGACCCUGCGUCCCGCCCCGGGCCGGCCUGCGUGCGUCCCGGCUGCCGAGGGGCGGGGUGUGCACAGGCCGGGCGGCCCUGCAGGGGCAGGACGCGGGGCUGCGCGAGGGGCAGGGCUGGGCUCGGACUGCAGGCGGGAGGCGGGGGCCGAGCGCCGCCGGGCCUCGCGGGGGACCGUCUCAGCCUGGCCGAAGCGUCGGCCCGGAUGGGUGCCCCUUAAGCCGAGGCCGUGGGCCCCUGCGGAGGAUGGUGACCCCCUGGCGCCUCUCUGCCAGGGUCUGCUUGUCGCACCUAAGGUGUCUGGAGCUCAGGAAGGAACUCGGCCUGCUAAGACCCUCCGGGUGCUCUCGCAAUGCCAGGCUCUGUUGGCUUCUGCUCGGCACUUUGCCCAAACUCAUCUCAGCCCAUGAGGACAUUGAGGAGGGGGCCCCUGACAGCUUGGGUCAGCGAAGGGCCCGCUGGAGUGACCUGGCCGAAAAUGGGCAGGUGGAGAGAGUGUCCCAGGCAGGGCGGCCAGGCUGCGUCCUCCUGCUUCUCCGCACGUGGCUCCGGGCCGGCGCCCUCCUGGUGAAGUUCUUCCCCCUCCUUCUGCUCUACCCGCUCACCUACCUGGCGCCCAGCCUCUCCUGCCUUUGGCUCCACCUGCUUCUGAAAGCCACCGAGACCUCAGGCCCAACGUACAUCAAACUGGGCCAGUGGGCCAGCACCCGGCGCGAUCUCUUUUCCGAGGCUUUCUGUGCACAGUUCUCCAAGCUCCACGUCCAAGUGACCCCCCACCCGUGGACUCACACUGAGCACUUCCUCCGGCAGGCAUUUGGGGAGGACUGGAGGAGCGUCCUCUUUUUUGAGGACCAGGAACCUGUGGGUUCAGGCUGCGUGGCCCAAGUGUACAAGGCAUUCGCCAACGCUGCCCUCUUGGAGAACCACAGCAUCCUGGGCCGCGGCCAGGCCUCCCGUCUGCAGCCUUCCUCAGAAGCUGGGGCAGUCGAGGGGCUGAGACAGCUCUUUGGCCACCUUGGGGAUGGGAGGAAGCCCCCAGGAAACCUUGCUGACCAAUCAUUUCUAGAAAGGCUGCUCCUCCCCAAAGCUGACCUAGUUGGAUCAAAUGCGGGCACGUCUGCCCACCGCCCCCAGCCAGACCACCUCAUUCCUGUGGCAGUGAAGGUGUUGCACCCCGGCCUGCUCUCCCAGGUGCAUAUGGACCUACUGCUGAUGAAGAUUGGCAGCCAAGUGCUUGAACUUUUGCCAGGAAUCAAGUGGCUUAGCUUGCAUGAGAUCGUGGAGGAAUUUGAGAAGCUCAUGGUCCAACAGAUCGACCUACGUUAUGAAGCUCAGAAUCUGGAACACUUCCAGCACAACUUCCAGAACGUGAAAUCUGUCAAAUUCCCCACCCCUCUGCACCCCUUUGUCACCAGGGAUGUUUUGGUGGAAACAUAUGAAGAGAGUGUUCCUGUGUCCAGCUACCAGCAGGCAGGAAUUCCCAUUGACUUGAAGAGGAAGAUAGCGCGGCUGGGAAUCAAUAUGCUUCUGAAGAUGAUAUUUGUGGAUAACUUUGUGCAUGCGGAUCUCCACCCUGGGAACAUCCUGGUCCAGGGUGCUGACGGGCUUUCCGUGAGCCGGGGGGCACAGCUGCAGCAGGUGGAUGUCUGUGACACGCUGGUGGCAACUACCCCACGCCCACUGCGCCUGGUGCUGCUGGAUGCUGGCAUUGUGGCCAAGCUGCAGGCCGCUGACCUGUGCAAUUUCCGGGCGGUUUUCCUGGCCGUGGUGAUGGGGCAGGGCCAGAGAGUGGCUGAGCUCAUCCUGCGUCAUGCCCGGGCCAGCGAGUGCAGGGAUGUUGAGGGGUUCAAGGCCGAGAUGGCAACACUGGUGGCUCAGGCCAGGAAGAACACCAUCACUCUGGAAAAGCUUCACGUCUCCAGCCUUCUCUCCAGUGUCUUCAAGUUACUGAUGACUCACAAGGUGAAGCUCGAGAGCAACUUCGCCUCUAUUGUGUUCGCCAUCAUGGUGUUAGAGGGGCUUGGCCGCUCAUUGGACCCCAAACUGGACAUCCUGGAGGCUGCAAGGCCUUUCCUUCUUAAAGGUCCAGUGUCCUCCCCCUGACGGUGGCAGUGGACAUGUGGCGGACCUUCGUGGAAAUGCUAAAGGCCACUCCCAAGAGUCUUUCCUAUGGCAGCUGGAACAUCUUAGAAUUGGGAUGUGUGGCAGGUACACCAUUGCUUUCACUGUGAUUUGGUUUCUGGGUCUGUUUGAAAAGCUUUGGGUUAUUUGGGGAGUAAAGGGAGGGAAGAGUCCUGUCCGUUCAGUUGUGGAAGCUGGGCCUGGUACCAGGAAUACUCUUAUUUUAGGGAAAAUGUUCUGCAGAGGAGGACAAAUAAACUAAGUUAUUUGUU